AUGGACAUACCUGUUACUUUUUCAAUUCAUUAUGUUACUUCAUAUGGUGAAGAGUUAUAUAUUGUUUUUGAUGAUGGAGUUGAACGGAAAAUGUCAUGGAGUAAUGGUCAUAUUUGGACAAUUCGGUGUUGUGUUUUACCACGGUUAACUCGUUGGUGGUAUGAAGUAAAACAAAGUUGUGUAGUUACAAGAAUAGAAAAGGACUUACAUUCAAGACAAUAUAUCUUUGAAAAAGAUAGAUUUUAUAAUAUAACUGAUUCUUGGGAUUGUGGUGCUUAUUCAAUGAAAAUAAGUAAAUUUCCUAAAUUACAAAAAUCAAACACUAUUAUUUUUACUCAUCCUAGAGCAGUAACCCUUCCUUAUUAUAAUAGGAGUCCUUUGGUUAGGUGUCGUAUCCAAGAAAACAAUGAAUUAGAUAAUAAUGUUCCGAAUUAUAAAGGAGUUAGAUUUGAUUCUUUUGAUGAUAUGAUGAUAGAAGAAACACAAAUUUCUUCAAAAGAAGGACAUGAGUCAGUUCAUCAACAAUGA